UCGGAGCGGAGGAGAGCGCGGCGCCUCUCUCUCCCCUCGUGACUGGCAGCGGCUGCUGCUGCUACUGCUGCUGUUGUUCGCGUUGGUGCCACGCGGAUCGCCGCGCCAGCUGUGACCGUCUCCUCCCCACAAGCCUCACAGCCCUUUUCUGCCUCGCGGUGCUGGGGGAGGGCAGGCAGCGCCCCACGCAAGGCCUCACGCUUCUAUGCUAUGGUGAGAGGCGCGAUGGCAGGCACGACACAGUGCUGAGGCGCCAUGGAGGCAGAGGAGGUGGUGGAGGUGGUGGAGGAAGUGGUGGGGAACCUAAGCCUGACCAGAGAUGAGGUGACGGGCAACCUCAGUCUGGGGGAGGGUAUGGGGCUGCGGGCCGUGGACGUGGUGCAGGCGUGGGUAACACCCGCCCUGGUGACAGUGGGCGUGACGGGCAAUGUGGCCAGCGUGCUGGUGCUCAGUUCGCCCAAGCUGCGGGCACUGAGCUCCUCGUGCUACCUAUCGGCGCUGGCCGCCUCGGACACGGGCUUCCUGGCGGCGCUACUGCUGUCGUGGCUGACGCUAGUGGGGCAUGACCUGUACGGGCGGCCCGGCUGGUGCCAAGGCAUCGUGUACGCCACCUACGUGACCACCUUCCUCAGCGUGUGGCUGGUGGUGGCCUUCACCGUGGAGAGGUUCGUGGCGGUGUGCUACCCGCUGCUGCGUCACGCGGUGUGCACCGUGCGCCGCGCUCGCAUGGUGGUGCUGUGUCUGGUGGUCACCGCCCUUGCACUCUACUCAUAUCUACUGGUGGUGGCGGCACCCGUGCCACACGAAGGCGCUGCGGGCGGCGUUCGGUGCCAAGUGCGCCCGGCCUACCUGGGCGUGGCGGGCGCCAUGAACCACCUGGACACGGUGCUGGCGCUGCUACUGCCGGUGCUCACCAUCGUCACGCUCAACGUGCAGAUCGCGCGUUGCGUGUGGCGCGUGGAGCGACUUCGCUCAUCUAUGACUCAGCAGGGCUGUGGUGACGGGCCGGACGCCGCCUUGGGGCCUGAGCCGCGGGCCAGACAGGGACAGGGGCCUGGCCCUCGCCGCGGCCAGCACAAGGUCACCAAGAUGCUGCUGGUCAUCUCAACAGUCUUCAUCUCCCUCAACCUGCCCUCCUACUGCAUGAGGGCCUAUGUCUUCUUCUGGUGUGGCAAGGACAACGCGUGUGACGACUCCCCUACGACCUACACCCUGCAGCAGACCUUCACCCUUCUCUUCUACACCAACUUCGCUGUCAACUUUCUCCUGUAUUGUGUAACGGGGCAGAACUUCAGGCGCGCCGUGGCUGCCUCCUGCUGUUCCUUCGUCACCGCCUCCACCAGCAGGGGCCGCCGUCGCCGCCGCCACAGCAGCCGCCACGACCCCCUCCGUCAGUAUAGCAACAGUACCAGUCAACGGAGGUCUUUCCACACUAUUGGGACCUCGCGCAAGAACUCAGGCGGCGUGAUCAUCAACCUCAAGCUAUGGGACCCACCACAGCCCGCCUCGCCCAUCCCGCCCAACACCGCUCACUCACUCAGAAGCCUGUCUACAAAGGAACCGCCCCCUGCCUCUAACGGACUGACAGGCGUGACGCAGCUGGAAGACGAAAAGGAGGACUAUUUCUAAGCUGGUCGUAAAUCAAACUACCGUAUUAUGAAAGCGACGCAUCUCCAACAUUUCCCAAAGGCUCCAGUUGACGUGACAAUGUUUUUUUUUUCAAGUGUGUUUUUAUGUUUUUUUGUGAGAGGUUAACUAGAUUUCUACAUGAUUGACUACAGAAACACUCUUUUAAGAAUCCCGGUGGCUUUUGAAAGUAGCCGUGUCGAGAGAGAGAGAGAGAGAGAGAGAGAGAGAGAGAGAGAGAGAGAGAGAGAGAGAGAGAGAGAGAGAGAGAGAGAAACGUCAUACAAUAGUGGUUAAUCUUCGUACGUACCACCACCACUGUUACCAAAAGAGUCUAAAUACUGUCUCUUGUUGUCGUCCUUCACAACAAACCGUACUUAAUGUUUGUAGAUCGAUGCGUAUCUUGAAUAAUGUUUGUAUAUACGUAGAGAGAGAGAGAGAGAGAGAGAGAGAGAGAGAGAGAGAGAGAGAGAGACGAUAGCCACAUGUUUAUACACACUGGGUGAAGCAGAUAAGCGAGAGAUAGACGACUUAGUAAACAUGGCGUGAUAAGGAAAUAAUUUAAGUGGUAAUAUUAAACACACCAUAAGUAGAAUUGAAAAAAAUAAAUAAAAAAAAUAAAUAAAGGUAAAUUUUGUAGGUAGAUAGAUACAUACAUACAUAUAGUAGAUAAGUAAAUACGUAGACCGCUACAUAGAUAGAUAAAUGAAAAAAAUGAAAUAGAAUAGAUAUUUACUUAGACAUAUAGAUAGAUAGAAAGAUAUAGACAGUUAGACAGCAGACAUACAGAUACAAAGAUAUAGAAAUAGACAGUUAGACAGUUAAAAUAUAUAAUACAGACAAAGAUAUAUAAACAAUCAGACAGUUAGACAGGCAGACAUAGAUGAUUCAGUAGAUAGCUCACUAGGUAGACAAAUAGAUAAAAACACAGAUAGAUAGAUAGAUAGUGGUGAUUAAAUAGACAGACGGGUCGAUAAAGUGAUUUGAGCAAACACAAUUACGAGCUGGCAGCGGGUGGGCAAAUACACACACACACACAUACAUACACACAUAAAAAAAAAAAAAAAAUACAUGAUUGCAAAAUGUGAAUGGAAUAAAUGACCACGCCAUUGAAAAUUAAUACAGAUUAUUGGUAUUCUGUCACGCUGUCAUGCGGUUGUGUUUUGUAUGUAUGUAUGUAUGUAUGUAUGUAUGAUUGUAAAUAUGUAUACGUAUAAUAAUGUUCUAUGUAUGUAUGUAUGAAUGUAUGCAUGUAUGUAUGUAUGAUUGCAAAUAUGUAUACAUAUAAUAAUGUUCCAUGUAUGUAUGUUUGUAUGUAUGUAUGUUUGUAUGUGUAGGUAUAUUUCUAUUUAAGUUUUACCUGUCCAUAUGUGUAGUGACGAUCAUGUACGUAUACCUAUGUAUGUAUGUAUGUAUGUAUGUAUAUGUAUGUGUGUAUGUAUUGUAUAUGUAUGUGUGUGUAUGUAUACAAACAUUUAUUAUCAUUACGUACAUACCGUUUUGAAUUAUAGAAGGUAAAAUGAAAAAAAAAAAAAGCAAUUAGAUGUCACACACACACACACACACACACACACACACACACACACACACACACACACACACACCAUCAAAGUGUUAACAAUUAAACAAUUACCGUCACAUUUUCUCUCAUUAAUUAAACGUGUUGGGCCAAACUA